UGGGUGCAUUAUUAUGAUUAUAAAACACUAGAUCCACAGGUCAAAGAACUAAAUGUUACAACUUCAAGAAAGUAUAUAACGACGACAAAAGGCUCCGCAAAAGGAAGCCCUUUGCAGGGCCACUUGCCCGUCUUUUAGUGUUGCCCAUAAUAUACAUCAGAGAGUUAGAAUUCGAAAUGAAAACCACACAUCUCAUAAUCAUAAUUCAUCCCACUUUACCAAAUUAUUAUAGCCCGACUGUGACAUUGCGCAAUAACUCUAGCUAGCUUUACAUGUAAUACUAGUAUAAGAUUCAUCUUCUUCAAUUCCUCCAUCAAUAAUGCAUACUUAGUGAGUAGUGAGCAUGACUUCUUCAGAGAGCUUUAGCUUCUUUUCCCCUGAGGAACACUCUUCUCCCAGGCUUAUGCUCCCCCCACCACCGCCAGGAAUAAAGUUGCCACCUUCCUUUAAGCAAACCCCAUCACCAGGAAACAGGCUGCAAACCCCAUACAAGAACAACAAGGUCAGUAAGAAACCAGCAGAUGAAUACCCUAUUAUACGCAUUAAAUCUUGCAACAGGACCAACCCACUAGUAUGGUGUCUUGCAAUCUUUUGUUUGAUCUUUAGCUUACUUUUGAUCUUCUCCGGGGUGGUUACUUUGGUCAUUUUCCUUUCAAUCAAACCAAGAACCCCAGUUUUUGACACGCCUGCAGGAACCCUGAAUUUUGUCUACAUAAACUCUCUUCAGUUUCUGAAUGGGGAGAUCUCGUUUCUUGCCAACUUUACUAACCCAAACAGGAGCCUGAACGUCAGGUAUGAGAGUCUCGAAAUAGAGCUGUACUUUUAUGACAGUUUGAUAGCAACUCAGUUUAUUGAACCCUUUAGUGGGGGGAAAGGGGAAGUGAAAAUGGUGCAAGUUAAUCUGAUAUCAAGCUUGGUUUAUCUGCCACCAAACCAUGCCUUAGGGCUCCAAAGGCAGGUGAUGAACAACAGAGUGGUGUUCAAUAUCAAGGCGGUUUUCAAGGUGAGGGUGAAUAUGGGUCCGGUUCACUAUUCUUAUUGGUUGCAUGGGAGAUGCCAAGUUGAGAUGACAGGUCCUCCUAAUGGAUUUCUUACUGCCCACAAAUGCAUUACAAAGAGGUGAAAAGGCCAGACCAAUACAGUCACUAAUUAGCUUGAUCACAAUUGUCUUUAAUUUGUACAUUAGUUUUAGUGGAUGUUCCUUUUAGAUAUUUGGGUGGGUGUUGUCUCUUUGGCUCUCUAUAUUCACUACAUGCCAAGAUACUUGAUGACUAUUUAGAUAGAACUUGAGAUCCAUCAUAAAUCACAAGCUUUAUGGCUUGCAAGACUUCUUUUUGAUUAAUUUCAAUUUUCCCUUCAAUUCCCCUACAUACAGUUUCGGUAUAAACUCAUACUUCAAUCAUUCUUCUUGUACACACUUUCUUGUACUCACCAUAUAUACACCUCUAUGAGAAGGCUGCUUUUUGU